AUGCAUGUGAAGAGCCUGCAGUCAGAACUGAUGAGGCUACAAGAGCACUCACGGCAGGCACUCUUCAGGUUAAACAAAUACCAUAUUAGCUCUUUAGGUCCACAUAGGACAGGUGUGACAAACCAUCAGUCUUUGCAUCAUGAGAUUCAGGAAGCUCAACCGAAUGUGGCUAUGGAGUCGAUUAGUGGCUCACUGAGUCAGAUCUUGCCCACCAUCCCCCUGAGAGGAGACAUUCAGUUCCCAAAGAUGAAGCCUGUUGAAUUAUCCCAUAUACUCCACACACAACUCUCAGAGACUGAUAAAGUUGGCAACAGUGUGACUGAAAAGUUAGAGAGACUCUAUCUAAAGGAGCAACAACAGCAUGGAAGAUCUAGGCAUCGGCUGGUGACACUAUUUAAAGAGCUGGAUCUUCUUGAAGCUCCACUGGCAGAACAGGCACAGAGGCUGUCCAUGACCAAACAUCAGAAGCAGGAAGCCCAAAUAGCAGCAUCCAUCACCUGGUGGAAGUGCCUCACCAAGGAGAACAGGAUAAUCCAGACUGGAGGAGAACCACAGGAGGCUGUGAGAGACAUGCAGCAUGAGCUCCAAAACCUGGAGGCUGAUCUGAAAACAGCCCAGCUGGAAGAGAGUAAGCCUGGUUUGAGAGUGGUGAGAACCUUCAGAGAUGCUCAGAUUCAGGUUGACAGAGAGAAGAAUGAAUUUAGGGAUGUAGCUGUGGUUACUGAGUCAGCGUAUGUAGGAGAGGCCACAGAUGACCUGCUGAAGGCCCUGAGGAGAGUGGAGGGCAUGGUGGCUCAGGCCAUGCAGGCAGCCCACGUGCUUAUGGACAGUGAGAAGAAGAUGAAAGAGAGAAUAGAAGCCAUUAGCCUGAGAGUGGGACAAGUCCUGAGUCGAGCUGCAGCCAUUGAGAACCAAAUUAAUGCACUGGAGGCCACAAUCUCUGCUAACACACAGUGGAUGCUGAUGGAUUCCUGGUGGAUUGUCGCUCAGUUGCUGUCACUUCCCUUCACACAUCAGAACCUACCACUCUUGAAAGCAGCCUUGCUCCAAUUACAUCAGUAA